CACAAACACACACACACAAAGAUAAGUGGUAUUUUAGGUCACCCAGGACAGACAAACGUCCUGAAACCAGCCAGCAACAUGGUCAUCAUGCUCAGAACAACACAGGCCAGUAUAUUUACAGCGGACCAGACAGUGCUAUUCUCUGCCUAAACUGCACAGGAAGACACCAUGCUGGCAGAAGAUGUCCACAAGUUGGCCUCUUACAAAACGACUCCUAACGCCAGCAAAAAUGAUUAGGAAAGUUAAGACGACGUCUCCAGCACAACGCCACACGUGGAAAUCUUCCAAAACAGACAACCAGCCAAAAGCCCUCUGGCAAGCUCUUUUAUUUAACAGUUGUGUUGACAUGUACCAAUUAUUUCAUAUCCCGACUAAAUUCUAUGCCCAGCCAAGAUAGUGCAUUCAGACAAGACGGUACAAAAAAGAAAGAAACGCCUAAAGGAGGCAAAGUGAAUAAAACAAAGAUGCAGGUGGAAAAUCCGUUGCAAGGCCUGGUGUGGAAGUUGUUACUGGUGAACACUUUAUCAUGUGGUCUGGAGGCCUGCAUGGCUGCAGGAACCAUCUACAUCCCACCUCUGUUGCUGCGGGCCGGCAUGGAGGAACGCUACAUGUCUAUGUGGCUUGCGGUGGGUCCUAUUCUGGGUUUGAUCUUUGUACCCAUUAUUGGCUCAGCUAGUGAUUCGCAGCGAGGCCGUUUCGGUCGUCGCCGGCCGUUUAUCUGGAUGCUGAGUCUGGGAGUUUUACUAGGCCUGCAAGUCACACCACAGGCCUGGCGCCUGGCUGUGCUGAUGUCCCCACAGCACCAUCACUGGUGGGAAGCUGCCCUGCAGGCUGGAGCUGUGUGUCUGACGAACUUCUGUGGAUAGGCCUGUCUAACCCUGCUGGUGGCUCUGCUGGCAGACCUGUUCCCCGGGGAAGAGGAGAACCGCAGAGCAUUCUCAGUUAAUUCCCUGAUGACCAGCCUGGGGGGAUGCCUGGGGUUCUUGCUCCCUGCUGUGGACUGGAGCCAAGCACCCAUAGCAGCAUACCUGGGAGGGCAGGAGGCCUUCAUCUACGCCCUGCUCACCUUCCUCUUCCUCAGCUGCCUCCUCGCCACCGCCUUUAUCCCAGAGGACACCGGAACCAGAGGAGGAGAGAUGAAGACAGUCACCCAUGGCCCUUUGAAAAGCUGGAUUAGCAGAUACUGCCCUCACUUGUUCCCGCCCCGGCCUCAGUGUUUCCUUGUCGCGCUGGGCACAUGUGCAUCAGCAUGUACGUCAGUGUUCCCUCAUGUGUUUGCUGCAUGUGCGCGUGUGCCGACGGUCAUAUGGAGACUGUUUGUGGCGGAGAUGUGUAGCUGGAUGGCACUGAUGAGUGUCAUGCUCUUCUUUGCUGACUUUGUGGGGGAGGGAUUGUACCAGGGAGUGGCGAAUGCAGAGACUCUUUCGCAGGAAAGAAAACACUAUGAUGAAGGUGUGCGUAUGGCCAGUCUGGGUCUCUUCCUGCAGUGCGUGGUGUCGGUGCUGUGCUCUGUGCUAAUGGACUGCUGGGUGGCUCUGCUGGGAGCCAGGGUGGUGUAUCUCAGCGGUGUAGCUCUGUUGGUGUUUGCCACCACCGUCAUGAGUGUCUCCGACAGUGUGAUAACGGUCACUGUCAUGAGUGCUGUGACAGGAUACACACUCAGCGUCCUUCAGGUCCUGCCAUACACCCUGCUGUGUCUCUAUCUCUCAAAUAGACAGGCUUUUUUCAUUUCGUCCAAGCCUCAGCUCAGCGAAAGUGAUGACGUAACGCUUACCAAGCCCCUCCUCUCAUGUGGUCCAGCCACUCCUAAUGCCACACAAGGCCACACGAGGGGACUCACUUUACCUGGGGAGGAGCCCUCUGUUGGAUUGCCCCAUAUUUCACUGUUUGUGGGUGGAGGUGACAGAGGCGAAGCAGACCGCACACCAGUCCCACAGAGAGGGAUGUGUUUUGACAUGGCGAUACUCGACAGUGCCUACCUGCUUUCACAGGUGCUGCCGGCAAUGUGCCUUGGCUCGAUCGUGCAGCUGGCGAACAGCGUGAGGGCUUACAUGGCCUCCGCCUGCUGCUUUAGCCUGCUGGCUUUUCUCUGCUCUACCAGGGUUGUCUACAGCCACGCUGACCUCCAGCGCUGACCAUCGCUCCAUCGAGAACAUCAGCAGAGGAUGUACAGUAGCACACACCUCUGCCAGCAUCAGUUUAAGACAGCUCGUUGUCAAGGCCAGUAAUGAGAUGUGGGUGAAUGCAUCGCUUUCAUCACAGUCACACCAGUGUAUUGUGUGUAAAAUCAAACACAGAAACUAUGUUCAUGUAUAAAAUAAAUUUAAAAAAUAGAUUCUUGUAUAGGCAAUAAUAGGGAGUGAUAUCCUGCUGUGUGUACUGUUGCUAAGAAACCACACUGGAGUCCUGACUCUCCUUGUGUGGUGCAUUAUGCUGCAGUCUUCUCAUCCAUAUGCUCUCUUUGGCUUAGGAUCACUUACAGCCAGCAUGGAAUAACUGAAUGAAUCUAAUUACCCAAUAGGGGGAAAAAAUCAACCUUUAAAAUAAAGCUACCUUUCUAGCCAGGCGUCCCAGUUUGGAGCUAUACUGGUUAUGCUGUUAUUCAUGAUCUAGGUCAAUGACUAAGAUGGUUUGAAAUGAUCUCUCUACACUCAGGGACAAUAUUGAUUUUUCAACGUUUACAAUGUAUCUCUCAGAUUUUCUUAUCUACAGUGAGUCUAUAGGCACCAACAAUAUGACCAAGGACACUCAAAAAUAUUGCACUGACGUCCGUCUUUCUCAUUAAUGUUAAUGCAACUGAAAGAUGCCUGAGACAUUUUAUUUGCAGUAUUCUGUACUGCAGCUGUUGCUGGUGUACGCCUUCCCAGGGGCUGCUAAACUCUAACUGCUGUGCCAUGAGGCAGUGGAUAUUAGGGCUGUCACUUUUUCACAAAAUCUAGUUUGAAUAAAUUCAGAGUAACGUAACGUAAUUCUAGCCUAAUCCUAAACUACAUGCAGAAGACGUUCCGUUCAGUCAUGGCGUCCUCGGUGCCUCACUGAGUGACAGGCUGAUUUACUAUAAGGCAGGCCGCAAUUUUUCCAUCUAUGGUGUUGAAUCCAAAACGCUCCCUCACAUUACUUCUCAGAAGGUUUUAGGCGUCGUGAUGAUCCUUUCAGCACAGCUAGCUAGUUUUGUCCAUUUUGAUUCGAAUCUAAACUAAACAGAACUAAAGUUCACAGACACACUGUUAAGAACAAACCAAUUGCUAAUCCAAUGAGGCAACAACAACUUGCAGCUCAUAUUUUUCUUAUUAUAAACACAUUUACGUAACAUAACUGUCAGUCUUUACACCUUCAGUUGUUGAAAAUGUCUUUCUGAAUUUGAGCACUUUGUCAGUCCUAAACAAGACAUGUCUUUGGAAAUAAUGGCUGUGAAGCUAUCACCAACUGUUAUUCCACGCCUUCUGGCUUCCUUGCAGAGACGACUGAUGUUAAACUCAUGUCUGUGCGUUAAGUUUGAAGCUAGAGCCAGGAGGCACGAAGACUGGAAGCAGGGAAACAGUUAGCCUAGCUCGCUCCAAAGUGCAAGAAUAACUAUUCCAACACCUCUAAAGCUCAGUAAUUAAAAAGUUGUAUCUUGUUUGUUUAAUCCCGAUUGAUUGUAUCAUCUAACUCGUAACAAGAAGGAGGAGAAACGUGCAGUAUUUCCCAAUUUGCUGAAGUAGCUAUGUCUGAAAGGAAGGAAGUCUGGUUUUUAGCUUGAGCAACAUAUUUAUCAUUUUCAAAGGGCUUACCUGAAUCAACAGCCAUAAAACUUUAUCACUCCAUAGGUAAUUCUAUGGGAGUAAUAUUGUGUGGCACAUAUCAAUAUACAUAGAAUACCAUAUAUGCAGUCAUGCAACGUGCCAUGAGUUAUUCUAAUAACACGUGUAUAACAUAGCUUUUAAUAAUACAUUUUCAUAAUUCCUUUUGUAAAUGUUAACUACCACUGUUUACCAAGCUUCUGUAUGUAUUUAGAGAAAAUAUACUACGAUCCAAAACUGGUCUGAGCUACCCGCAUUGCAUUACAGAACCUUGUAGCUAAGUUUAAAAGUAAUAACACUUAUGACAUAAAAAGUAUAACUCAAAUGAUAAAAGUGAAUGUCGUUUAGGAUAAUCAUAACAUGUACAUGUGCUUUGUGAAUCCUUUCCCAUCUGCUAGUGGUGUAAAGAUUUGCUUUCAGUCUGACUUUUUGUGGCUCUGCUGAACCACCAGAGGGCGCCUUUGUCCAGCGAACCAGCAGCACAGCAGCAUCCAGCCAAGCCUGACAAGAGAGCUCAUCCAGCGCCUGUGUUCUUCAUGGAGUUCAGGUGGCACUGCUCGUAAAAACAGCAGGUUUUAGCAGAAAGUGUUUUCCACUUGUCUCAGUGCGAUCUGACUUCUGUUUUAGACGCUCUCCCGUUCUAAUAAGACACAGCAAAGCUUUCUGCUAUCAUUCUCUGCACAACCUUAGACUGCAUGUAUAUUAAAGUGUCCAUAUACUGUAAUUUUGGGGAGACAUAAUUCAUUUCUGGUGCUUUUAAUACCUUUUGAGACACAUUUAGAUCUUUUAGAGUUUUCCAUGUGUGACGCAUGGGGUUCAAACUGUCACCACCUUUCAAACUGUAAAAAUAAUUCAACACUGACGGUGCUUUAAGGUACUGUAGACCGCACGUUCAUCCCAACAAAUGUUCCCGGACUUGUUCAUUUUGCUUGUUUCUCCAGACGCCCUGUGUUGUUCCAGCAACAGACACUUCUGCAGUACUUUUUUUCUGCUCAAAGUUAGCGCUGAACUCUUCCACUGGAGUCCAUCUCCCUUUAAUAAUAACCUGUUUCUUCUGGAGAAGAUGUCUGCAUUGUAACUUGGUGAUCCAGGUGGAGCUUUUACCCUGACAUCAUUUGUCCCAGCAUGAAUUACCAUGUCACUGUUUUUCCUGUCGUCAGUGGCAAACAGAGCAGCAAGCUGUAGUCUAACCCCGCAUACCAUAAAAAGGCAGUUACAAGGCAUAUGUCAUAAGUUGUGAAAAGAAACAUUUGUAAUGCUAUAUUGCAUCUUGUAAUACAACAGCGGCCAGUAAAACUCAAAUACAUGUUUGUGAACUGCUGUACAGGUAGUUUCCUGCUCUGACCAAUCCAAGCUGUAACUGUUCUCUUCUGUAGCUGAUGUAGAGGGAAACGGAUUGCUGAAUAUAAUGUAAUAAAACAGGCCAAGUGCUCGCAGCGAACUAUAUGACACGUGAGCUGGGCCAAAGUGUGUCUCAGGUCACUGGACCAUAUAAAUGAUCCACAUCAAGGCUGGAUUAAAAAGUGUGUCAUCAGUCUGUGGUCAUUUGAUUAACAUAAACUGAAAUGGUCUGAAAGGUUCCUACCUAGUCCUGGGUUUUCUAGCUUAACUUUCAUUUUUAAAGGAUCUUUUAUUAACACUGGCAUGAGCAACACAUUUUACACUCACAUUAAUGUAGCUGUAAGCAGAUAUACGUGUUUAUUAAUAUAUUUGUUAAUAACUAUAACUCACCGGUGGAGGCUGCUGUAUGAACAGAUCAUGAAUGGCACUGAAGUAAAACAGGUGUAAUAAAAUAAAAUGUCUUGGAGGAGUUGUAACUGUUGACACAUCCUUACAAAUGCCCUGGCCCCUAAAGAGGAGGCCCCGCUGCUUCCUCAGAGACCUGCAGUGACCCAGGGACAGUGUCUCCCAUAGCACUUCAGACACCCCUCAGACAGCAAAGCAGCCCCAGCGGCUCACCCUUCCCCUUCCGCCCAACUACACUGCAGUGCGUUGUAAACCCUUUAAUAAAUGUUUGGAUGCUGCUCGUUGUUCACUUGAUAUUAUGCUUACAGGGUGCAUAUUCUUAAAUAAAUGAGUAUUUAUUCAACUCCAGAGUUGGACAUUUUCCCCUCAGGACCCCAUGGCAGGUAAACCCAGGCCUGAGCCGCACUGAAGAUCCAGACAACACGCUCUAUAAAGCAGUGAGAAGAACUACGGAGAGGCCAGCGCACCUCAUCUGUGUUGGACUUCCUGGGGACGGAAAUCCAGUAUUCAGACUUCUGUUCAGGCUGCUGGAACUGUGUUCCACUUGAAAACACAGCGUGUUGAGAGCAGACUGUUAUGCACAGCAGUGUGUAGAGGGUUCUUCACCUGGUGAGCACAGCGCAUCAUGUUUCAGCCUUAUUCCGAAAUGGAUUAAACUCGUUAUUUUCCUCAAACUUCUACAAACAAUACACCAUACUGACAGCGGGAAAGAAGUUUGUUUGAAAUCUUUGCAAAUUUAGUAAAAAUAAAAACCGAAAAAAAUCUCAUGUACAGAAGUCUUCUCCCAUUCUUCUUAGCGCUCGGGAGCAGGUUUUCAUCAAGGUCGCCUCUGUACAUUGCUGCAGAGUCUCCCAGCUCCUGCCUUUGAACCCCCCCAGCACGAUGCUGCCCCCGCCCUGCUUCACUGUAGGGACGGUGUUGUCCAGGUGAUGACGGUGCCCGGUCUCCUCCAGACAUGACGCCAUUCAGGCCAAAGAGUUCAGUCUUUGUUUCAUCAGACCAGAGAAUUUAGUUUCUCAUGGUCUGAGAGUCCUUCAGGUGCCUUUUGGCGAACUCCAGGCGGGCUGUCGUGUGCCUUUUACUGAGGAGGGGCCUCCGUCUGGCCCCUCCACCAUACAGGCCUGACUGGUGGAGUGCUGCAGAGAUGGUGGUUCUUCUGGAAGGUUCUCCCCUCUCCACAGAGGAACGCUGCAGCUCUGUCAGAGACCAUCGGGUUCUUGGUCACCUCCCUGACUGAGGCCCUUCUCCCGUGAUCGCUCAGUCUGACCGGGCGGCCAGCUCCAGGAAGAGUCCUGGUGGUUCCAAACUUCUGAUGGAGGCCGCUGUGCUCACUGGGACCUUCAAUGCUGCAGAAAUGUUUCUGUACCCUUCCCCAGACCUGUGCCUCGAUACAGUCCUGUCUCAGAGGUCUACAGACUAGUCCUUGGACUUGAUGGCUCGGUCUGUGCUCUGACAGGCACUGUUAGCUGUGGGACCUUAUACAGACCGGUGUGUGCCUCUCCAGAUCCUGUCCAAUCAGCUGUACUUCUGUACAUGUGAUGUUUUCAUUUUUAUUUGUAAUACAUUUGCAAAGAUUUUUCCCCUUGUCGUUAUGCGGUAUUGUUUGAAGAAUUUUGAGGAAAAUAAUGAAUUUAAUCUGCUUUGGAAUAAGGCUGAAACAUAACUGAUUGUGGACAAAGGUAAGCGCGGGGAAUACUCUCCGGAUGCGCUGUAGAAAAUUACGUAAAGAUGGAAAACACUCUCGUGCUUCAUUCAUACUUCUGCUUGAAUCCCAGCUUAGAUUUGUGAAACAUUUUUCUUCACCACAUCCUGGACACUUGUGGACCGAGACACCUGGUGUGGACAGAGACACCUGGUGUGGACAGAGACACCUGGUGUGGACAGAGACACCUGGUGUGGACCGAGCGGGUCAGCGCUGCCGGUUGGAGGAGCCAAACGGUUCAGCGCCAGAACGGGAAUCAGCUCAGGCCCAAACACCGGGCCCCGGGUGCGGCAGCAGGAUGCUGUCAGGCCGGCUCUGCGGACCUGCGGGACAAAGACUCUCAUUAACAGGUGUCUCCAUUCCUGUGCCGCCCCCCCACCCCCACCGGGCCACACUGUACCCGGCUCCGCCCGGUACGUAGUGAGCC